UUUGCGCACGCGCGGGAGGCGGCCUCGGGGCGUCCGGGGCCUGAUGGUUGCUAGGGUGACAGCGAUACAACAUGGCGGCCGGAUCCUAACGCUCUCUGUCGAGGAGCCAGCGCGGAGGUCCUGGUUCGGGACCCUGCCUCAGAGGAGUGGAAGCCAGGGGGCCUCCCUUUCUGCCCCUUUCUUCUCCGCCCAGUGUCGGCAAGGGCUUGUCGUCGACUUCCGCAUCCAGGAUGAAGAUAUCGAGCAAGUGAACAGUCUACGGGAGAUACAAGCACUGAGGCGCCUGAACCCACACCCGAACAUCCUCACGUUGCACGAAGUGGUUUUUGACAGAAAAUCUGGUUGUCUUGCACUAAUAUGUGAACUUAUGGACAUGAAUAUUUAUGAGCUAAUACGAGAAGUGAGGUAUGUACCGUUGGUAACCGUCUUUGGCUACUUCCUUGGCCGCGCAGGGAGAAGACACCCAUUACCGGAGAAGAGAAUUACGUGCUAUAUGUACCAGUUAUGUAAAUCCCUUGAUCACAUGCACAGAAAUGGAAUAUUUCACAGAGAUGUAAAACCAGAAAAUAUAUUAAUAAAGCAGGACGUCCUGAAAUUAGGGGACUUUGGGUCCUGCCGGAGCGUCUACUCCAAGCAGCCGUAUACCGAGUACAUCUCCACGCGCUGGUACCGCGCCCCGGAGUGCCUCCUCACCGACGGCUUCUACACCUCCAAGAUGGAUCUGUGGAGUGCAGGCUGUGUGCUCUACGAGAUCGCCAGCCUUCAGCCCCUCUUCCCCGGAGCCAACGAGCUGGACCAGAUCUCAAAAAUCCACGACGUCAUCGGCACACCUGCGGAGAAGACUCUCACCAAGUUCAAACAGUCGAGAGCUAUGAGUUUUGAUUUUCCUUUUAAAAAGGGAUCAGGAAUACCUCUACUGACAGCCAAUUUGUCCCCGAAAUGCCUCUCCCUCCUGCACGCAAUGGUGGCCUACGACCCCGACGAGAGAAUCACUGCCCAUCAGGCCCUGCAGCACCCCUACUUCCAGGACCAGAGGGCAGUGGAGAAGCAGGCUCUGGCCAGCCACAGGAACUCCGUCCUCUCAGAGUGCCCCGUGGCUCCGGAACUACUCCUUAACGGCUGGCAGAUUUCAAAGGAGGGCAGGAAACAGCCCCACAAGAACGAUUUAAAAAUGGCAACGGCUUCUUUGGGUGAGUGGCAGAGAAGGCGGUUUCGAGCGGGCCCCGAGGGUCUUCCCACGACUCCGGGUGACAGCUGCCUCCGCGAGUGUCCGCGCCCGGGGCUCCCGCCUCCGUCCGUCGCUCCCUCAGGACCGCGUGGGUCACUAUACUACAGUUCCACCUGGAGAGCUGGCCUGGUUUUGGGAUGACAAUAAGCCCUGCAAACAAAGCAGUUUACAUUAAUCCAGCAAAACACGGGGCAGCCAAGAAAGCCACACUCCUCCUUCGCCAGCCGGCUCGCGUGACCAGAGUUACCCUGUCGGCCUGUCAGCCAGUGUCCUCUGUCCUCUACUUCAUUGUCAUUCAUGUCAUUGUGUGACAUUCCUAACUAAUCAGGAGCCACUGAACCCGGCCCCUGCCUGGCUGUCCUCCGGUGGGCAGGGCUGGCCCGGGGUCCCCGGCACGUCGUGGGCCCGAAGGCGAGGGGCGGCCGGACGCCGCCCUCCCCAGAGGCCGCGGCUCACGGCCACGGCAAGGUCCCCAGGAGAGGUCCCCGUUGGCGCCCACAGCCACGGCCACCCCACCUGCACACCCGGCCCCGCGAGCCGGUCGGCGCGCUCUGGUUGGGGUGCGACGGUGGUGCCGCCCCCCCCCAUCCCCGGCUUUAGCACCAGCGUGGACUCGGCCGGUGGACAGAGAAGGAUCUGGGCCACGGGUGGGGAGGCCCAGAACGCGGCCCACACCCGCGCUGUGGCGGCUCGGGGAACAGGGUGCAGGAGGUGGUGUGUGUGCCACGGGGCGGCCCCUCCCCGCAGGCGGGAGGCCUCUGGCACUCCACGUGUGAGCGGGGCCGCGGCCGAGAGCUAACCGUGGGCGUGGGUGUGCGUGUGUGCUCAUCACGGAGUUCCGUCACGGGCUGGCGGGCGACCGUCGCGGAGAAGUUUCAGGUCACAAGAGGGCAACGCUGAAGCUACGGCUUUUCGGCUCUGUGAACACGCUUACGCUGCCCCCAAAAAUGCUUCCGUCGGUGACUCGUGGACCCACGACGAGCCUUGAACUCCACACAACCGCGGCUGUGUUUUCACCCACUGCACUUGUGCGGGCACCCCGGGGCCGCACCCACACCUGGCCGGAGGGAAGCCGGGUAAGUCGCUGGCCGCCCCCCGCUCACGCCUCGUUUCUUCAGACUGACCCCCUCCCCCCCGUGACUCUGGACACGAUCAGGAAGCCAAGGGCCAACGGGGUGUGACAACCGAGCCCCGCGCAGGGCAUCCGGGAGCACAAGCCUGGUCUGACGCGCCCCCCGUGUUUCCCGCUCACGCCCAUCAAGGGGCCGCGGGACAGACGGCUCAGCACACCCGACCUCGGGCCGCCGCUGACCGGGGCCGCCUCCCAGCCUCCACGGAGCGGCGGGGAGGCCAGCAAGGCCCGACGCCCUCUCGGUGGCGACGUGAGGAAACCUUUAACACAAGGAUGUGCCGCCUCCCUCGUCAAGGUUUCAGGUGAUUCCGACUAACAGAGUGGUUUCCGGGAGCUACGGGGUGUCCUGGACAGCUUGUCAAGUCUACAAAAUAAAGACCUCGCUUUUCUCUCCAAACCAAAGUACUCCGCUCCUCCCGCCAACGGGAGAACCACGAUCCGGUCUGGGGACAGAGCCACACACCCUGCUCAGCGGUGGCUGCACUUAUUUAAAUACCAAGGACACUCUGAGAAAGGCACCCCCCCACACACACACAUUAGGGAAGGUGUUAUCUCUAGACCGGCCUGGUCCAACACAAGGUCAAGGCAAGCCACGUGUGAAAUUUAAAAUUCUAGUAGCACAUUUAACAAGUGAGAAAAAGGUGAAACAAUAUAUUUAACCUAAUAUAUCCCAUGUUAUUUCAACACAGAAUCAAUUUAAAAAUUACGAAUGACGGACUUGACGUUAUUUUUUCCCACAAAGCCUUUGAGGCAGGCGCUGUAGCACAUCUCUGUUCGGCCCAGCCCCGUUCCCGGUGCUCUGUGGCCACAGGUGGCCUUCGACGACAGGCUGUGGUGCCGAGCGUGGGCCUGGCCGCCCAACACCACCCCCUCCACCGCCCGCCCCACGCCUUAGCCUCUCUCCAGUUGUGGGUGUGCAGUUCCCGUGGAGGGCGGGUGCUAAGGCAUGGAGGUGGCCGGGGGCCCCGGCUUCCUGGGCCUGACGUCAGCAGGGACACGGCGCCUCCACUGGCUGACCAUCUCUCCCCCGAGAUGCCGCCUCGUCCUUGGGGCCCAGCAGGGAGGCCCGCUCUCCUCUCCUCCUAGGCGACACACACACACACACACACACACACACACACUCAUUCUCCGGCUUCCGUUGGCUGAAGCCUCAACCCCACAGGAACGACUCCCUGUGGCCCCGCUGUCCGUGAGGCCCAGGCUCGAAACAGACCGUGAAGGUUAGCUAAGCGAGCGACCACCCCAACGCCACCCCUCCUCACAACAACCCUCUACUGCCACAUGUCCAGGGAGCGGCAGGGUCCGGAUAACAGGGUUAUUAGCCCUUCCGAUGUCAACCCUGGUGAACGAAUCUUUAAUAACGGACACGGUGCAGCAGUGCACACCAGGGACCCACCCCCAGGGUGCCACCCCUCAGGUACCGAGCUGGCGAGCAGCCUGGGAUGCCAGGCCCGGCUGUGGGUGACAGACCCGAGGGCUCCCUGGAGCCCUCAACCAGAGCAAAGGGAGAAGGGACAGAAUGGUGGAAGCGGGACCACCGGCGGGCCACCCGGGCCCCGCCCAGGGAGCCCCGAACCCCGGGGUGCAGGUGCUUCUGGUGUGCAGGUGAGGGUCCGUGACGUUCCUCGGAGGGCGCGAGGGCGCGUCUGAUACAGGCAGCGGGCAAGGGCCGGGUCUCGCCACCGGCAGCGGGAGGUCAGUGGGACACAGACCCACACCCGUUCGCCUCCUACAGAUGGAACUCGCUUUGCCGUGAUGGACAGCAGAGGCACCGGGGAAAGACUGCCGCUCAAACAAAAAUUCAACGUCAAGCUCACCUCUCUGUAUGCUGUGCUUUAGUUUAAAGGUUACUGGGGGACAAAGAGAAAGAUGGAGAACACACACAGGCCCCCAACAGAGACCAGACCACUCUCAGGAGGGAGGCCAGCUGCCAUCGUCACGUAAGAACAGUUUGGGGCGCAUCCCGGGGAGGGGGGGGCCCCGGACCCGCCAUCCGUGGCAGACGCACAGUGGCCCUGCCGCCCGGUCUGCCUGCUCCCGAGGCCGGCUUGCACUUCACUGCGUCCUCACUGGUUAUUUUCACGGGGAGGGGACAGCAAAGACCAGGCCCGGUUUAGAGACAGCCGUGCCCGUCUGGCCUGCCCGACGACCUUGCCGUGUCGGUGUCCUCAGCGGUGUGGGGACCAGUUUCACGAACAGCAAGUCUGCCCCGGCCCAGACCCCGAGAAUCUGCCUAACACCCUAUCGGGCCCCAGGAAGGAAGCGGUUACCGGAAUAGUGACAAUCCGGAGUCUAAUAUUUACUAGGCCGUCCCGCCGUCACCAGACUUGCCGUUUUAUUGCUGCUAGAGAUCUCACUCGAAAAUUAAGCGAGGAGAUACUCCAGCUCUUGGUCACACAGAGACUAAGAGGCAGAUGCCAUUUGUAAAUUGAUGUCCUUUUACAGAUGGCACGGGCACAGUGAGAAAUCUCAGCAGGCUAACUUCUCCCAGAACGCCCGAGCCACACACCCCUCUUGCCUGACCCUCCACGAGACCCUCACGGUUCGCGUGACCCAAGCGCUGCAUGAAGAGCCCGUGGAAGCCUGGUGGAGCCGAAGCCCCAGACCACACGGCCAGGGUCAGGGGUGGGCACAGCACAGCCCUGGUUCCCCGCGAGGGUGACCCCCCCCCCAAAACGACCCCCCCCCAGGGCCCCUCGUGGCCCCCGACCCACUGCUCACUUUGGGCCUGGGGCCUUGGCUCCUGCUGGGCAGUAAACAGACCCUGUCCCUGUGGUAGCCUUGACCUGCCCAACGACAGGUCACAUCGGGGGUGACAAUUUCCCCCAGGGAGACCACUCGGCCUGAUGCCUCAAGAGAAACUCACCCGGAGAAAAUGAUGCUCUUUUCAGACAUCCGGGCAAAAGGCUUUCUUGGGGCACAAGCAUGUCGGGGCAGCUCAGAACUCUGCCUGGGGAAAAAGCACCCCCUUCCUAUGGCAGGAGGAGGGGACGCUCUUGUGUACCCUAAAAGCGCCUCCGGCUGGAGUCGCUUCAAGAGGGUCUCAGCCACCCUGGCCCCCACCCAGAGCGAGAUGCUGGUCUGGAGGCCACCAGCACUCAAGGAGGGGAGGGGACCGGGCGCCUCCAGAGGCUCUGUCCCUUGCAGGAGACCACGGGUCCACAAUCAACGGUUUCUUCCCACAGGCAGACACACGGGAGGAUGGAGUAUUUUUUCAAGGCACAGACUAUUUUUAAAAGAUUAAAAUGUCAUGUGUGUCUUUCUCAACUUGCUGUCAACCUCGCAGCGUUUAGGGCCGAAAAGCUACUCCCCGCUAAGGGAAAAACAUGCUGUUGCUGUCGGGAGAUCAGGUCGGCCGCUGUGAGGGCGGACGAGCGACAGGCUCGUCUGCGCUGGCAGCUUAGCGUGAGAGGCGAAGUGCACGACACUUCGCGCCGGGCGCUUGGGAGGACGGCACCGUCAGAGGGUUCGGGGUCCAGCCCCCGGAGCACGCGGAGAGGCAGCCCGGAGGGAGCUCCAGGCCCAAACGUCUCCUGUCAAGGAGCAGCCCCGGGGCCCGACCAGGUGACCUCCCACAGCCUCCGGGGCCCUUGCAGAUCCAGGCUGGAGUCUGGCCUCGAGGGGCUCAGGGCCAGAGAGGCCGGGGUGCAGCUGGGGGGCCGGGGGCAGGGGGAGGACACCUCCCUGCAGGACGAGGCGAACCGCUGACUCUUCCCACCCCACGUGGGCCGGGCGUCUCUGGAAGGACGGCUCCACGGCGGCCACGAGGCCUCAGGCGGGCCAUGUGAGAUGAGGAGGAAGACGAGGACAGCCCGGGACAGGAGCUCCUCCAGGAGCCGGCCCGCCUCGGUGCCCCCAGCUACUGGCCAGGGGACCCAACGGGACGCCCGAUGCCGAGCCGCUGGCGGCCCAGGCCGCCCCCUCGCGCAUCCGCGCCGUCGCCAAGAACCUUCACCCGGCGCGGCCGAGGAGUCCGUCGGCAGCCCCCGCCCAGACGGGACUGUCGGCACCUCUGCCGCUCGGAGCAGUGAGUCUCCAGUCACGAGGACGCGGAACUGGGCGGAAGUGUGGGAACUCCCGUGGCUGUUGGAGCUCUCGACAUGAACAAGCACCGAGAAGCUUCCUUCUCCGGCCAGCUGGGACUGCCGUACAGCCUUGCUGUGGAAGUGACCACUGGAAACCGUCCACGCGUCCGGUGUUGGCACGCAUUUACGGACAGAGGGCCCCCGAGCGCCUGGGGACACGCGUGGGUGGGGAGGCCCCGGCCGCGACGGGGACGAGGGAACAGCUAAGACCCAAGACAGUGCCACACAAACACCGUCUUCUUAACAUGAGAAAUCACCAAUACUGCCAUGAAAGCCUCAUUAAUUACUGUAACCGUUAAGAACUUAACUUACCAGCAUGUCAUGUUAGGAAGCCUCUUCAUCAAAUUUAUUUGUCAAGAAGUUAGAUGAAAACGUAACAAAGGACACAAAUUUCACUUCUGAUUUUCAUUAAACGUAAAUAAUCAUACAAUUUUAUACGAUGCCACCUAACACAGCAGUCCUUAAUAAACUUAGGUAUACAGAAAUAAAAAACGCA